AUGAAGAAACAUUUCCCUAUAGACCAGCUCGUGUGCGUCGGGAACUAUGAGCUGGAAAAAACCAUCGGCACGGGCAACUUUGCCGUCGUCAAACUUGCCACUCACACUAUAACUAAGAGUAAGGUAGCAAUAAAAAUAAUAGACAAAUCGCGGCUCGAUGAAGAUAAUUUGAAGAAAACCUUCAGAGAAAUAGCCAUCAUGAAAAAGUUGCGGCAUCCGCAUAUAGUUAGACUUUACCAGGUUAUGGAGAGCACGCACACGUUGUACCUAGUCACAGAAUACGCGCCGAAUGGUGAAAUUUUUGAUCAUCUAGUCUCGAAAGGACGCAUGCCGGAGUCUGAGGCGGCGCGCGCGUUCGCGCAGAUGGUGGCGGCGGUGGGCUACUGCCACGCGAACGGCGUCGUGCACAGGGACCUGAAGGCGGAGAACUUGUUGCUGGACAAGGAUAUGAAUAUUAAGCUGGCAGACUUCGGGUUCAGCAACGAGUACACGGCGGGCGCGGCGCUGUCCACGUGGUGCGGCUCGCCGCCCUACGCCGCGCCCGAGCUCUUCGAGGGCCGCCGCUACGACGGGCCCAAGGCCGACAUUUGGUCGCUGGGCGUGGUGCUGUACGUGCUGGUGUGCGGCGCGCUGCCCUUCGACGGCGGCACGCUCAGCGAGCUGCGCAGCGUCGUGCUCGCCGGCAAGUUCCGCAUACCGUACUUUAUGUCGCAAGAAUGUGAGCAGCUAAUAAGGCACAUGCUAGUGGUAGAGCCGGAGCGCCGGCUGUCGCUGCGCGGCGUGGCGCGGCACCGCUGGCUGCAGGCGCACCAGCCCGGCCCCGGCCCGGGGCACUAUGGUGAGCUUAUGGAAUAUUGCAGAAUGCCAGACAAUGUUCUAGAACACGCGUCGACGGGCGCGUGCGCGUGCCACGCGGGCGCGGGCGCCGCCGCCGCCGCGCCGCACGCCGCCGUGCUGGCGCGUAUGCUGGCGCUGCCCGGCCUGCACGCGCACCUCAUACGCCAGUCAGUAGAAGAAGAACGCUUCGACCACAUAUCCGCUAUAUAUCAUUUACUGAUGGAUAAGAUGAAGAAUAAAGACUCUGAAAUGGAUAAUGAUUCGUUAGAUUCCACGACGGGGCUUCCCCUAGAUCUCACUAGUUGUAAGAGCAGCGAGGAGGAGCAAAUGGAGGCAGAAGACAGCGGUUCACUGGAAAUGUUGCAAGCCCCGGAGUAUCUGACCGCAGGACAGGGAGAUAGUUUUGAAAAGUUCGGCGACAGCGCGCUCGCGGAGGAGCCGGCCAGCGCGCGCGCGCACGACGCGCCCGCCGCGCGCCGCCACACCGUCGGGCCAGGGGACUGUCGCCACGCGCAGCAGGGCACACAAGCCACCCUGCCCGGAGUGGUGGGCGGCGGCCAGGCCGAGGUGUCGCUGCUGCCCAACACCAACCUGGCGGCCAAGCUGCCCGCGGUGCAGCACCAGCCGCCGAGAUACUGCAGCGUGAAAGAUCAUCAUCUCCUGAAGCCGCCUGUUGCUAUGCAGACACAAGCGUCGUCGUUCGGGCGGCGCGCGUCGGACGGCGGCGCGCACGUGCGGCGCGCGCCCGACGCGCCCUGCUGCCGCGCCGCGCCCGCGCACCACGUGUCGGACAGCGGCACCUCUACGCGAGCUGAGGAAAGUGAACACACAGAAGAACAGACUUCGGACCCCAAUUAUAAUACUAAUUUAUGCAGGUACAUGCUGAACCGCGGCAGCAGCAAGCGCCACACCAUGGCCACGCCCGAGGACGCCGCCUCCUGCGCGCCCGCCGCCAUCCAGGCGACGUCGACGUCGUCGACCACCAACAUGCGCGUGCGCCGCACCGGCCUGCUCACCGUCACGGAGCGGCCUCCUGUUAUAAGUCCGGAACUAGUUAUGGAAGUCGAAGCUCGAAUGAAACGGAACUAUCUCCCCCCCUCAAUACAGGGGGGGUAUAAUUAUCAAAACCAAACCGGUUACCAAAGUCCCCCACCCGGGACCACACCCACUAGUCCACAAGGGUCCAUUACAUCUGGUACUUCCAAUUUCGCAAAAAAUUCAAUGAAACCAGUCUUAGAAACUAUACCACAAGGAAGUAUAAUGGGUUCGAAUCAAGCCACAACCCCUUUCACACCGUCUAUAUCACAAUUCUCCCCAUCCCACGGGACUGUCCCACAGACGGGUUCAAUAGUUAGCGGCACCCCACUGUCUCCUCAGGGUUCAAUAAUGUCUGGAACCCCUAUGACCAGCCAGGGGUCAAUAAUGACCGGAACCCCCAUGUCUAGUCAGGGGUCGAUAAUGUCCGGAACCCCUAUAUCUAAUCAAAACUUCUCUAGUAACGUGCCAAGUCAAGGGUCCAUAGUAUCCGGCACGCCAGUACAAAAUCAAUUUAACUCUUCUAUUACCAACCAGGGUUCUAUAGUAACUGGAACCCCUAUACAAAGUCAAGGGUUUAUUUUAUCUGGUGCUAAUACAGGCUCAAUCGUUAGUGGAACUCCAAUGCAAAGUCAAGGAUCGAUAAUGAGUGGAACCCCAAUGCAAAGUCAAGGGUCGAUAAUGAGUGGAACCCCAAUGCAAAGUCAAAGUUUUUCUUCCAAUUCCAUACAAAAUGAAGGCUCAUUUUCAUCAUUACAAAACCAGGGUUCCAUAGUGACUGGCACUCCACUAGAAAAUAAAAGUUUUAGUACAAAUUUCGGUUACAACUCUCAUGGUUACAACCAGAACUUCUCGAACCAACCAAGCGUUCCCAGUGGGUCGAUAACCGCUGGUACCCCGGUCAGUGGUAGUGGGUUCAAUUCCAACCAGUACAGUCGGCAACGCAAGUACUCUGGCCCGCAACGCGUCAAACUGCAAAUGUUGGCCACUGUACAGGAAAUGGCCCGGGAACACGCGGAGCGAUACUCGCCGGUGCGGCGCGCGGAGGUGAGCCCGCCGCGCGCCGCGCUCGGCCUCGCGUCCGCGCGCCUCGAGUACCAGCAGCUGCAGCGUGGACUAGAACGCCGUAGUGGUGUGGGGGGAGCGUCUCCUCCUGCAGAAAGAUUGCACACGCCCGCCGCCUCCGUGCCUGGUUCCCCAAUCCACGCCGGCGCGUCCACGCCCACGCUGGACCUCAGCACUGUGGACCCCGCCAGAGAGCGAGCUGCACAGGACCUGUCACUAAAAUUAGGCAUCAAUCUAAACAAUCUCUACACCUCACAUCUUUCCCAAGACCUUUUAAAGUCCAUCCACUACGGUAGCUACGGCCUUCUCUCGGGGCAUAGUUCUCCAUCCCCGGGAUCCCCCCUCCACCAAAUAACUGAAGGGUUAAGUUACCUUCACACCGGGUCCAUAACCAGGGGAACCCCCCAACCCCACUCCACACCUCUUGACCUUCGAAACAACGUAGAGAUGGAAACUAACUAUCCCCAAUUACAAAUCCUCCCACAAAUACACCUAACCCAUAGAUCCCUAAACAAUUCCCCAAUUUCCAACCCUAGUUUAGACAUGAUCCAGGAAGAAAUAGGGAAUGGCAGUCAAAAUGAUGGCAAGUUCCCCAAACCGUAUCAACCUCCCCAAAUAAGCCUGACAGAUUGUUUGGGGUCAGAGAUCACGUUAGUCGCCUCUUCCUCAGAAGACAGUGUGGACAGUCUAGAAAAUUCCAAAUACCACAUACCACAAUUCGUCAUUUCCGAACACACCGAUUUAGAUAAUAAACCGUCAAUAAUCAAAGGCAUCGGGCGGAAAGUUAGUCAAGAAACAGAAAAAGAGUUGCGGGAAAGGGAAUUAGAAGAUAAAGAUACGGAUAUGGAAAAAGAAGAUGAGACUAAGUUAGAAACGAGAAGAAAUAGUGAUAAAUCGCUCGGUUUUAGCGACGACUCGUUAAGUAAUGAUUCGGCGAACGUUUCGCCAAAUUGCGAACAAAAUAUACAGUCAAUUUAUUCGAAUAUAGUGUCGAUAAGUUCAGGGUUUAGUGAAAAUCGAGGGAGUUUUUCCGACCAUCGGGAAUCUUUCUCGUUCUCCGACCGCGGAAGCUUUUCGGAGAGAGGAGACUUUGGGCGAUCAUCGUUCUCAGAAAGGAGCGAUUUUGGUCGAAGUAGUUUUUCGGAAAAGGGCGAAACUCCACGUUCUUCGUUCUCCGCUCAAGGCGUUUUGGGCGAAGUCAAAGAAUAUUACGAAGAAUAUUUACCCAGAGACAAGAAUUUGGAGAAUUUCGAAGAAGAAUCGCCACAAGCUGAGAUUGAGAAACUGCAGCGGUCCACAAUGGACCUCCGUCUGUCGGAAAUAUGUCCGGAGGACCAAAAAAUUCCGAUUUUGCUCAGUCCGGAAAAUAUUUCUUGCGUCCAGGAGUAUUAUGAAAUCGCGUUAUCAACGGUCUGCUCUCAGUUAGAUUCUGAGAGGAUAGUGGAAUUGUUAAAGGAAGCAAUAAACACAAGAGUGCCACCGCAGAAUAUAUUUGUGGAAACAAGUGAGCAGAAAGAAAAACAUGAUGAUGCUGAAAAUUUAACUGGAUUUCUUAAUCUGGAAUAUUCUGGAGGCAUCCAAAUCGAACUGGUAGUGUGUGAGAAUAAAGCUAAAGAGAAAAAAGGUUUAAAAAUGAGAAGGAUAUCCGGGGAUCAAAAUGAGUAUGGAAAGUUGUGUCAGCAACUGAUCACUAGUCUUACGGUU